AUGGCGCCUCGUCAGGAUCAGCUUCGGCCCGGGAUACCAGAGACCCCGAGUUCCAGUUUAAGCCUGGCCACUCCAGAUCCUUUCAGAGACCCAUCAGAUGUGGACUCGUCAGCACAGAGUGCGUCUUCGAGGAGGACAUCUGGAGACCUCCCCGUUGCCGAUGUCACCCCUCCUGCAAGAGCACUGACACGGCCGCCCCCAACACAAACAACAAGGGGGGAGACAAUCACUGCCGCUUUACCACAGGAGGAAGUGUUCAAUGAAAAGGCCGGUGCUGACGUUGAGAAGGGCACCCAACCUGUUGCUUUCUCUUCUACUGACGCGGAGAAGGCCGGCGAGGAGGCAGCCGCUACGCCCAGAAAGAAAUCCAGGAAUCCAUUCAAGCGUCUCUAUGAACGCUUCCGGGAGACCUACUGCCCAAGGGAGGAACCAGGCUUGGUCUUCCCCACCGGCCCAACCGACGAGGAGAAGAUGAUGUACCUGCACACGAACCGCAUCCCGCUCUACAUCUUUGGCCUCUUUUCCUUCUUCACCCUCUCGGCUGGCAUGUGGCUCUUCUCCGUCUGCGCGCCCAUCUUCGCCUGGUACGGUGUCUUUGUCGGCUUCCUCAACGUCUACCUCAUCAUCUCGUACUUUGUCGGUGUGGUCGGCAAGGAUUGGGACUACAAGGGCCACCGGGAGCUGGUCGAGAAGUACCCGAUCAACGAUGAGACUGCCCCGACGGUGGAUGUCUACCUGCCUUGCUGCUCUGAGCCCUUGGAGAUUAUCGAGAACACCUACCAGCACGUCAUCAAGCUUGAUUGGCCCGCGGCAAAGCUCAAGGUUUAUGUCCUUGACGAUGGUGACCAACCGGCCAUCAAGGCUCUGGCAGAGAAGUACGGCUUCAACUACAUUGUCCGUGAGGACCGUCCAAGGCUGCGCAAAGCGGGCAACCUUCGGUGGGCUUUUGCCAGGACGGAGGGGGAGUUCUUUGCCAUCUUUGACGCUGAUUUCUGCCCUCGUCCCGAUUUCCUCAAGGAGCUUGUUGUUGAGCACAUGGCGGAUCCCAAGACGGCUAUCAUCCAGAGUCCGCAGUUUUUCAGGGUGACUGAUGACCAGACUUGGGUUGAGCAGGGUGCUGGAGCGACGCAGGAGUUGUUUUAUCGCGUGGUGCAGGUGAACCGGAACAAAUGGGGUGCGUCGAUUUGUGUGGGGAGCAAUGCCGUGUACAGAAGGGAGGCGCUGGUCGAGGUGGGAGGGACGGCCGAGAUUGGGUUUUCGGAGGAUGUUCAUACUGGUUUCGGUGCUGUUGACCGCGGCUGGAAGGUCAAGUACGUGCCUCUCUGCUUGGCGACGGGCAUCUGCCCCAACACCCCACGCUCCUUUUUCUCGCAGCAGAUGCGCUGGGCCAGAGGCAGCACGACGCUCCUGACGACCAAGCAUUUCUGGACUUCAAACCUUUCCUUCAUUCAGAAGGUUUGCUAUCUCUGUGGUCUCCUCUACUACUCGGCCGUCUCCCUCGGAAUCUUCAUCUCCCCCAUCCCGGGCACCCUCCUCCUCAUCUUCCGCCCCGAAUGGUUCAAGUACUACAACCUCGCCUUCGCCAUCCCCUCCAUCAUCUACGGCUCCCUGCUCUUCCGCUUCUGGGCCAAGGCCAAAUACGGCUUCAACGUCCAGCACGUCAUGAUAGUCCAGUCGUACGCCUACCUCACAGCCAUCAAAGACCGCCUGUUUGGGAUUGAGCUCCUCUGGGCGGCGUCGGGCGACAAGAAGGCGCACAAGAAGAGCAACAAGUUUAGAAACAUGAGGCUGCUCUGUUGGUUCUGGACGAUACUGACGAUUGGCGGUGUGAUUAGCGCGGUGACGUACAGGUUAAAGAAUGACUUUCCUUGGUAUCACACGCUGCCGUUGUUGAUACUGAAUGGGUAUAAUUUGUAUAUUGUGCAUUACUUUUUGUUUUGUUCUUGGAGGUGGUGAGAUAUGACGGAGAGUGGAUGGUAUGUAUGAAAGGAGGGACACACAAAAGGGAUUGAUUACAAACAAAAGGCUUUCGCUUCGGAUGAUAUGAUUUUUGACCGUGUGAUGGUUGUGGAGGGGGUGGGGGCAUGUAUAUAUUUUGGGUAACCUUUGGGGCGGCUCGUCGAGCAUAGGUGGGGCUGGGAAGAUGGG